CGACCCCGGCGCCCGGACGGUGCAGCAGCAGCGGCGGCGCCUCCCGCUGGAGCCCGCCCGGGAGGAGCCGUCCUCCCGGCCCGGCCCGCACCGCCCGGCCGCGGCCGCCGCGCCGCGUAACCCCCCGAGCCGAGCCCUGCUCGCGGAGAGAGAGAGAGCACAGCGAAGAGAGGAGAUCGAGGAGGGACGGACCGCCCGCCGCCUCCUCCCUGGGCCGGCAGAGCCGCACCGCCGGGACCUAGCUGCCCCCCGGAUACAAGGGAGCUUCCCAAAGUCAGCCAAGAUGAAUAUGGUGAAGAGGAUCAUGGGCCGGCCCCGGCAGGAGGAGUGCAGCCCCCAGGACAACGCGCUGGGCCUGAUGCAUCUGCGGCGCCUCUUCACAGAGCUCUGUCAUCCUCCACGGCACAUGACCCAGAAAGAGCAGGAAGAAAAACUUUACAUGAUGUUACCUGUGUUCAACAGGGUGUUUGGAAAUGCUCCUCCAAGUACAAUGACAGAGAAAUUUUCUGACCUCCUGCAGUUUACUACUCAAGUGUCACGAUUGAUGGUGACUGAAAUUCGACGGAGAGCAUCAAAUAAGUCCACAGAGGCUGCAAGUCGUGCCAUAGUCCAGUUUCUGGAGGUCAAUCAAAGUGAAGAAGCAAGUAGAGGUUGGAUGCUGCUCACCACAAUCAAUUUACUAGCUUCAUCAGGACAGAAAACUGUGGACUGCAUGACUACAAUGUCAGUGCCUUCCACACUUGUUAAAUGUCUAUAUCUGUUUUUUGACCUUCCACACGUGCCUGAGGUAGUUGGAGGAGCACAGAAUGAACUACCUCUCGCAGAGCGCCGAGCGCUACUACAGAAAGUCUUUGUACAGAUCCUAGUAAAAUUGUGCAGUUUUGUGUCCCCGGCAGAAGAACUGGCUCAGAAGGAUGAUCUCCAGCUUCUAUUCAGUGCAAUAACCUCAUGGUGCCCUCCCUAUAACCUGCCUUGGAGGAAGAGUGCAGGAGAAGUACUAAUGACCAUAUCUCGUCAUGGCCUUAGUGUCAAUGUAGUGAAAUACAUCCAUGAAAAGGAAUGUUUGUCCACAUGUGUCCAGAACAUGCAGCAGUCUGAUGACCUUUCUCCCCUAGAAAUAGUUGAGAUGUUUGCUGGACUUUCUUGUUUUCUCAAAGACUCCAGUGAUGUAUCCCAAACAUUGUUGGAUGAUUUUAGGAUAUGGCAAGGAUACAACUUCCUCUGUGACCUCCUCCUCAGAUUAGAGCAGGCAAAAGAAGCUGAAUCUAAGGAUGCUUUGAAGGACUUAGUUAAUUUGAUAACUUCUUUAACAACAUACGGUGUCAAUGAAUUAAAGCCAGCUGGUGUUACUACUGGAGUACCUUUCCUGCUACCUGGAUUUGCAGUCCCACAGCCUGCCGGCAAAGGUCAUAGUGUGAGGAAUAUUCAAGCAUUUUCUGUCCUUCAGAAUGCAUUUUUGAGAGCAAAAACCAACUAUCUAGCACAAAUCAUCCUUGACGCCAUCACGAAUAUUUAUAUGGCGGACAAUGCCAACUACUUCAUUUUGGAAUCGCAGCAUACAUUGUCUCAGUUUGCAGAGAAAAUUCCUAAACUUCCAGAAGUGCAGACCAAAUACUUUGAGAUGCUGGAAUUGGUUGUCUUCAGCUUGAAUUACAUACCCUGUAAAGAACUGAUCAGUGUGAGCAUCCUUUUAAAAUCCAGCACUUCUUUUCAGUGUAGCAUCAUUGCCAUGAGGACGCUCUUGAAGUUCACUCGUCAUGAUUACAUCUUUAAGGAUGUCUUCAGGGAAGUGGGGCUUCUGGAGGUGAUGGUAAAUCUUCUUCAUAAAUAUGCAGCCCUUUUGAAAGAUCCCACUCAGGCACUGAAUGAUCAAGUGGAUUCAAGAAACAGUUCAUUUGAGGACCAAAAGCAGCUGGCUUUAUUGGUUAUGGAGACCCUGACAGUACUACUACAAGGAUCAAACACAAAUGCAGGCAUUUUCAGGGAGUUUGGUGGUGCCAGGUGCGUGCACAACAUCGUGAAGUAUCCGCAGUGCCGCCAGCACGCCCUGAUGAUCAUCCAGCAGCUGGUGUUGUCACCCAGCGGAGAGGACGACAUGGGCACCCUGCUGGGGCUGAUGCACUCGGCCCCACCUACGGAACUGCAGCUCAAAACCGACAUCCUAAGGGCUCUACUCUUGGUGCUGAGAGAGAGUCACCGCACAAGAACUGUUUUUAGGAAAGUUGGUGGAUUUGUGUACGUCACAUCUUUACUUGUUGCCAUGGAAAGAUCUUUGUGCUCACCACCUAAGAAUGGCUGGGAAAAAGUAAACCAGAACCAAGUGUUUGAACUGCUUCACACUGUGUUCUGCACAUUGACUGCAGCAAUGCGCUACGAGCCAGCCAACUCUCACUUCUUCAAGACAGAGAUCCAGUAUGAAAAACUGGCAGAUGCUGUUCGAUUACUUGGCUGCUUCUCAGACUUGAGGAAAAUAAGUCCCUUGAAUGUCUUCCCUUCAAAUACACAGCUGUUUCAAAGGCUUUUGGAUGAUGACCUAAUAUCCCUGGAUUCUGUGUCACCUACUCUAAGACACUGCAGCAAACUUUUUAUUUACCUCUACAAGGUAGCAACAGAUUCUUUUGACAGGCAUGCAUAUCAUUCUGUUUCAACACCUCCUGUUUGCCCUCAGAAAAACAUAGCUGAUGUGAAACUCCAAACAGGACCCACGUCCAUACAAAGCUUUGAUGCAGUCAUUAUUCACCCUGGUGCUAUGCUUGCAAUGCUGGAUCUUCUGGCCUCUGUUGGAUCAGCUACACACCCAGAGCAUGCGCUGGAUCUCCAGCUGGCAGUGGCCAACAUCCUGCAAUCUCUGGUGCAUACAGAGAGAAACCAGCAAGUCAUGUGUGAAGCUGGGCUCCACGCACGACUUCUGCAAAGAUGCAGCGCUGCUCUGGCAGAUGAGGACCACUCCUUGCAUCCACCACUCCAAAGGAUGUUUGAAAGGCUGGCCUCCCAGGCUCUGCAGCCCAUGGUGUUGAGGGAAUUUUUACGCUUGGGAAAUCCUUUGAAUUGCGGAGCCUGGGACAAAAAGUUGUUGAAACAGUACCGAGUGCACAAACCCAGCUCACUGAGUUUUGAACCAGAAAUGAGAAAUAGCAUGGUCACCUCCAUGGAAGGUCUGGGUCCUGACAGCGUCUUCGGUGCGCACGAGGACAGCCACUAUCGGAUCAGCAGGAGCCUGCUCAAGCCAGCAGAAGGGAGCACAGUGCCCCUGACCAGAGUCAAGUGUUUGGUCUCCAUGACAACCCCACAUGAUAUCAGGCUUCACGGCUCAUCGGUGACGCCAGCGUUCAUCGAGUUUGACACAUCUCUGGAAGGUUUUGGCUGCCUGUUCUUGCCAAGUCUGGCUCCCCACAAUGCACCUACAAAUAAUGCUGUUACUACAGGACUUGUUGAUGGUGCCGUUGUGAGCGGAAUUGGAACUGGUGAAAGGUUUUUCCCACCACCAUCUGGUUUAAGCUACUCAACUUGGUUUUGUAUUGAACAUUUUAGUACACCUCCCAAUAACCAUCCUGUGAGACUCCUCACUGUAGUGCGGCGUGCGAACUCCUCGGAGCAGCAUUACGUCUGCCUUGCCAUUGUCCUGUCGGCAAAAGAUCGCUCACUGAUUGUUUCAACUAAAGAAGAAUUGCUUCAGAAUUAUGUUGAUGACUUCAGUGAGGAAUCAUCAUUUUAUGAAAUUCUUCCCUGUUGUGCCCGUUUCCGCUGCGGUGACCUCAUUGUGGAAGGCCAGUGGCAUCACCUAGUUCUGGUCAUGAGUAAAGGCAUGCUGAAGAACAGCACAGCUGCACUCUACCUCGACGGACAGCUUGUUAACACUGUUAAGCUUCACUACAUCCACAGCAGCCCCAGUGGCUCUGGCUCUGCCAACCCCCCCGUGGUCAGCACAGUGUACGCCUACAUCGGCACGCCACCUGCACAGCGCCAGCUCUCCUCCCUGGUGUGGCGCCUGGGCCCCACGCACUUCCUGGAGGAAGUGCUGCCUGCCCCAGGGGUCAGCACCAUUUAUGAGCUGGGACCCAACUAUGUCGGGAGCUUCCAAGCAGUUUAUAUUCCAUGUAAAGAUUCGAAGUCUGAAGGAAUCAAUCCAUCGCCGAUAUCUUUGGUACCAGAAGAGAAGGUCUCCUUUGGUCUCUAUGCACUGUCAGUUUCUUCAUUUACAGUGGCAAAAAUAAGGAAAGUUUACAACAAGUUGGAUAGUAAAGCUAUUGCCAAACAGCUGGCAAUUUCUUCUCAUGAAAAUGCCACACCUGUGAAGCUACUACAUAACUCAGCAGGACAUUUGAAUGGACCAGCACGCUCCAUUGGUGCAGCUUUGAUAGGGUAUUUGGGAGUAAGAACAUUUGUCCCCAGACCUGUUGCCACUACGCUACAGUACAUUGGUGGAGCUGCUGCUAUUUUGGGACUUGUAGCCAUGGCAUCAGAUGUGGAAGGAUUGUAUGCAGCUGUGAAAGCUUUGGUCUGUGUGGUAAAGAGCAACCCUUUGGCCAGCAAAGAGAUGGAAAGAAUCAAAGGUUAUCAGCUGCUGGCAAUGCUGUUAAAGAAGAAGCGGUCCCUUCUGAACAGCCACAUACUCCACCUGACCUUUUCCUUGGUGGGAACUGUUGACAGCGGACACGAGACAUCCAUUAUCCCAAAUUCUGCUGCCUUCCAGGACCUGCUCUGUGAUUUUGAAGUCUGGCUUCAUGCGCCCUACGAGCUUCAUCUGUCAUUAUUUGAGCACUUCAUUGAGCUCCUCACUGAGUCAAGUGAAGCAGCAAAGAAUGCAAAGUUAAUGAGGGAAUUCCAACUCAUCCCAAGACUGCUGUUGACUCUUCGAGACAUGUCCCUGUCCCAGCCCACUAUUGCUGCGAUUAGCAAUGUGCUGAGCUUUCUACUUCAGGGCUUCCCCAGCAGCUAUGACCUACUCAGGUUUGGACAGUUCAUCUCUUCCACUUUACCUACGUUUGCAGUCUGUGAGAAAUUUGUAGUCAUGGAAAUUAAUAAUGAAGAAAAGCUUGAUAGUGGAGCAGAGGAUGAUUUUGGAGGACUUGUUUCAGCUAAUCUUAUUCUAUUGCGGAACAGGCUUUUAGAUAUCCUUCUGAAACUUCUGUAUACAUCUAAAGAAAAGACAACUGUUAAUUUGCAGGCUUGUGAAGAACUGGUCAAGACACUGGGUUUUGAUUGGAUUAUGAUGUUUAUGGAAGAACAUCUUCAUUCCACUACAGUCACAGCAGCCAUGCGAAUUCUCGUGGUCCUGUUGAGCAAUCAGUCCAUCCUUAUGAAGUUUAAGGAGGGUCUCAGCGGUGGAGGCUGGCUGGAUCAGACGGAUUCUGUCCUGACCAAUAAGAUUGGUACUGUGUUAGGGUUCAAUGUCGGCCGGAGUGCUGGUGGUAGAUCGACAGUGCGAGAGAUUAACCGGGAUGCUUGUCACUUCCCAGGCUUCCCCAUUCUGCAGUCCCUUCUCCCAAAGCACACUAACGUGCCUGCACUCUAUUUCCUCCUCAUGGCCCUUUUCCUGCAGCAGCCAGUCACUGAACUGCCUGAAAACCUGCAGGUCAGUGCACCUGUCAUCAGCAGCCAGUGUAAUCAGGGUGCCAAGUUUGAUUUAGACUCCAUUUGGACCUUCAUAUUUGGAGUUCCUGCCUCCUGUGGCACUGUUACCUCCUCAAUACACAGUGUUUGCACAGAAGCUGCCUUCUUGUUACUGGGAAUGCUGAGGAGCAUGCUGAAUUCUCCCUGGCAGUCAGAGGAAGAAGGCUCCUGGCUUCGGGAAUAUCCAGUCACCCUGAUGCAGUUCUUUCGGUAUUUGUAUCACAAUGUACCUGACCUCAUUUCCCUGUGGAUGAGUCCAGAGUUCCUGUGUGCGCUGGCAGCAACAGUGUUUCCUUUCAACAUCCGACCAUACUCUGAGAUGAGAUUUUUGGGAAACCGGCUUACCCAUAACUGCACUCUGAUGAAGGUCACUGAUCUCGAUGACGAAGUUGGGUCCCCAGCUGAAGAGUUUAAAGCCUUUGCAGCUGAUUCUGGCAUGAACAGGAGCCAAUCAGAAUACUGCAAUGUGGGCACCAAGACCUACCUGACCAACCACCCUGCCAAGAAGUUCGUGUUUGACUUCAUGCGUGUCAUGAUCAUUGAUAACCUAUGUCUCACACCAGCCAGCAAACAGACUCCACUGGUAGACCUUCUGCUAGAGGCUUCUCCUGAAAGAUCAACACGAACCCAGCAGAAGGAGUUUCAGACAUAUGUUUUAGAUGGAGUGAUGGACCACCUACUUGCAGCUGAUGUUUUAUUGGGUGAAGAUGCAUCUCUGCCUAUAACAAGUGGAGGAAGCUACCAAGUGCUGGUGAACAAUGUGUUUUAUUUUACACAGCGUGUGGUAGAUAAGCUUUGGCAGGGCAUGUUCAACAAAGAAUCCAAGCUUCUUGUGGACUUCAUAAUCCAGCUCAUUGCACAGUCAAAAAGAAGAUCUCAGGGACUCUCGCUGGAUGCCAUUUAUCACUGCCUGAACAGAACCAUCCUGUAUCAGUUCUCAAGAGCGCACAAAACUGUUCCUCAGCAAGUGGCUCUCCUUGAUUCCCUGAGGGUCCUUACUGUGAACAGGAACUUAAUUUUGGGACCUGGAAAUCAUGAUCAGGAGUUCAUCAGCUGCCUAGCUCACUGCUUGAUUAAUCUGCAUGUGGGAAGCAAUGUUGAUGGGUUUGGAUUGGAAGCAGAAGCCCGGAUGACAACAUGGCACAUUAUGAUCCCCUCUGAUAUAGAGCCAGAUGGAGUCUACAGUCAAGAUGUCAGUGAAGGUCGCCAGCUUCUUUUAAAAGCCAUAAACAGAGUGUGGACAGAGCUGAUCCACAGUAAAAAACAGGUUUUGGAAGAAGUUUUCAAAGUGACACUACCUGUCAAUGAUCGUGGCCAAGUGGAUAUAACUGUUGCCAGACCUUUCAUUGAGGAAGCAAGUUUAAAGUGUUGGCAAAAUCAUUUAGCUCAUGAGAAAAAAUGCAUCAGUAGAGGAGAGGCUUUGGUCCCAGCCACACAGUCCAAACUUUCAAGAGUCAGCAGUGGAUUUGGCCUCUCUAAACUAACUGGUUCCAGGAGAAAUCGCAAGGAGAGUGGGCUGAGUAAACACAACCUCUCUACACAGGAAAUUUCCCAGUGGAUGUUUACUCACAUUGCAGUGGUUCGGGACCUGGUUGAUAUGCAGUAUAAAGAAUACCAGGAGCGUCAGCAGAAUGCGUUGAAAUACGUGACAGAGGAGUGGUCCCAAAUCGAGUACGAGUUACUGCGAGAGCGAGGGCUCUGGGGGCCCCCCAUCGGCUCCCACCUGGACAAGUGGAUGUUGGAGAUGACUGAGGGUCCCUGCAGAAUGAGGAAAAAGAUGGUGCGGAAUGACAUGUUUUAUACUCAGUAUCCCUACAUGCCUGAGGCUGAGCAGGAAACAAACUUGCUGUCUGACUUCUCAAACAGACUUCCUGAGACAUCUGAUGAUACCAUUCCUCAAAAGAAACCUGCUCGCUACCGGAGAGCCAUCAGCUAUGACAGCAAGGAGUACUACAUGCGCCUGGCUUCUGGAAACCCCGCGGUCUUCCAGGACGCCAUAGAAGAGAACACCGUUGGUGAAACAGCUCAGCAGGAGCCAGAGCAUGGGGAGGACACUAUUGCAAGAGUCAAAGGCCUGGUGAAGCCUCCCCUGAAACGAUCUCGCUCUGCUCCUGAUGGAGGAGAUGAUGAGAGCCAGGACCAGUCACAGGAUCAAAUUAUUGAGGGGAGUUCAAUUGAUGAAGACGAGAAGACUGACAAUACAACUUUGCUUCGACUUCUUGAAGAAGGAGAGAAGAUCCAGCACAUGUACCGCUGUGCUCGGGUUCAGGGUCUUGACACCAGUGAGGGGCUGCUGCUUUUUGGAAAAGAGCACUUCUAUGUCAUCGAUGGGUUUACCAUGACAGCCACCAGGGAGAUACGGGACAUCGAGACGCUGCCUCCAAAGAUGCAUGAGCCAAUCAUACCUAGGGGAGCAAGGCAAGGUCCAAGUCAGCUCAAAAGAACUUGCAGCAUUUUUGCAUAUGAAGAUAUCAAGGAGGUGCAUAAAAGGAGAUACCUUUUGCAGCCAAUUGCAAUUGAAGUUUUCUCAGGAGAUGGACGGAACUAUCUUCUAGCUUUCCAGAAAGGGGUUAGAAACAAAGUUUAUCAAAGGUUUUUGGCUGUGGUGCCCUCUCUGACCGACAGCUCGGAGUCGGUGUCUGGACAAAGACCAAACACCAGCGUAGAGCAAGGGUCUGGCUUGCUUAGCACUUUAGUGGGAGAAAAAUCUGUUACUCAAAGAUGGGAAAGAGGAGAAAUCAGUAACUUCCAGUACCUGAUGCACUUGAACACUCUGGCUGGCAGAUCCUAUAACGACCUCAUGCAGUACCCUGUCUUCCCCUGGAUCCUCGCAGACUAUGACUCAGAGGAACUGGAUCUUACAAAUCCCAAAACAUUCAGAAACCUGGCCAAGCCCAUGGGAGCUCAGACAGAGGACAGGUUAGCCCAGUACAAGAAGCGAUACAAGGAUUGGGAAGAUCCCAAUGGGGAAACCCCAGCUUAUCACUAUGGGACUCACUAUUCCUCAGCCAUGAUCGUGGCUUCCUAUCUUGUCCGGAUGGAGCCUUUUACUCAGAUUUUCUUACGGUUACAGGGCGGUCACUUCGACCUGGCUGACCGCAUGUUCCACAGCGUGCGCGAGGCCUGGUACUCCGCCUCCAAGCACAACAUGGCAGACGUGAAGGAGCUCAUCCCAGAGUUCUUCUACCUCCCCGAGUUCCUGCUCAAUUCCAACAAUUUUGACUUAGGUUGUAAACAAAAUGGCACUAAACUUGGUGAUGUAAUACUCCCUCCAUGGGCAAAAGGAGAUCCUCGUGAGUUUAUCAGAGUCCAUCGGGAGGCUCUGGAAUGUGACUUUGUGAGUGCUCACCUGCAUGAGUGGAUUGAUUUGAUCUUUGGCUAUAAACAGCAAGGUCCUGCUGCAGUAGAAGCUGUAAAUGUCUUUCACCAUCUCUUCUAUGAGGGACAAGUGGACAUAUAUAACAUCAAUGAUCCUUUAAAAGAGACAGCUACCAUAGGAUUCAUUAAUAACUUUGGACAGAUACCAAAGCAGCUCUUCAAAAAACCCCACCCACCAAAGCGUGUUAGAAGCCGUCUGAAUGGAGAGGCUGUGGGAACCUCUGUGCCCCCUGGUUCCACAGGUGACAAGAUUUUUUUCCAUCAUUUGGACAACCUGCGGCCAUCUCUUGCCCCAGUGAAAGAGCUCAAGGAGCCUGUGGGGCAGAUCGUGUGUACUGAUAAAGGCAUUCUGGCAGUAGAGCAGAACAAGGUUCUCAUCCCGCCCACGUGGAAUAAAACAUUUGCUUGGGGCUAUGCAGACCUCAGCUGCCGACUGGGUACCUAUGAGUCAGACAAGGCUGUGAUUGUUUAUGAAUGCUUGUCAGAAUGGGGUCAGAUCCUGUGUGCCAUUUGCCCCAACCCCAAAUUAGUUAUCACUGGAGGAACAAGCACAGCAGUGUGUGUGUGGGAAAUGGGUGUCUCCAAAGAAAAAGCUAAAGCCCUCACACUGAAACAGGCACUGCUCGGUCACACUGACACUGUCACAUGCUUAACGGCAUCACUAGCGUAUCACAUAAUUGUGAGUGGAUCCCGGGAUCGCACCUGCAUCAUCUGGGAUCUGAAUAAGCUUUCCUUCCUGACACAGCUCCGAGGGCACAGGGCUCCAAUUUCAGCACUCUGUAUAAAUGAAUUAACGGGAGACAUUGUAUCAUGUGCUGGCACUUACAUCCACGUGUGGAGCAUUAAUGGCAGCCCUACUGCAAGUGUAAACACCUUCACUGGCCGAAGCCAGCAAAUUAUGUGUUGUUUUGUGUCAGAAAUGAAUGAGUGGGACACCCAGAAUGUCAUCGUAACGGGGCACUCGGACGGAGUUGUCCGGUUCUGGCGGAUGGAGUUUUUACAAGUACCAGAAACACCAGCUCCAGAGCCUGUGGAGAUGCUGGAAAUGCAAGAGGACUGUCAGGACGCACAGAUAGGGCAGGAAGCCCAUGAAGAGGACAGCAGUGACUCUGAGGCAGACGAUGCUUGCAUAGGCCAGGACACAAAAGUGCAGGAGAGCCAGAGCCAGCCAAGCAGCACCAGCCACAGGCCUCGGUCAUCGUCAGCCAGAGCAGCAGCAGCAUGGUCAGCAGACAGUGGCUCUGAUGACUCCAGGCGUUGGUCAGACCAGCUCAGCUUGGAUGAGAAAGAUGGAUUUAUCUUUGUGAAUUAUUCGGAGGGUCAAGCAAAAAUGCAUCCCCAUGCUCAGGUUAACCACCCCCACCCCAGCUAUGCCGAAGCACGGCACUACAGCAAGCUCAAACCAGGAUACAGAUGGGAGCGUCAGCUGGUGUUCAGAAGCAAACUAACUAUGCACACGGCGUUUGAUCGCAAGGACAACGCACACCCAGCAGAAAUCACUGCGCUCGGCAUCUCCAAGGAUCACAGCAGGAUCCUGAUCGGGGACGGCCGGGGCAGGGUGUUCAGCUGGUCGGUGAGCGAUCAGCCGGGCCGGUCCGCGGCCGACCACUGGGUGAAGGACGAGGGCGGCGAUAGCUGCUCGGGCUGCACCGUGCGCUUCUCACUCACCGAGAGGCGGCACCACUGCAGGAACUGCGGACAGCUGUUCUGCCAGAAGUGCAGCCGGUUUCAGUCAGAAAUCAAACGGCUGAAGAUUUCAUCUCCGGUCAGGGUGUGCCAGAACUGCUUCUACAAUCUGCAGCACGAGCGGGGCUCAGAGGAGGGGCCUAGAAAUUGAUGGGGGCCUGGCAAACCUCAUCCAGCCCCGCUGUCACUCCAGGAACCAGUGAGAGCAUCGGAAGGAAUUGGAAUAUUGUCUGUUUACACUUAUGUUUAUACUGCAUUCUAAGCACUAAGAGUAAAAAGGGAUCAUUGCAUUGGUUUGUGUUGACAGAAGGCAGACGAGGCGAACAGCGUAAGGAGAAGAGCAAGGCCCAGGAAGACAUGGUUAAUAACCAUAAAUCCAACAGAACUGGCAGCCCCUGAGCCCACGCUGGGGUGGUUGUUGCAAAAAUCCUCACUUAUCCUAAACAUCCCUUCUUGUCUUGUUUUUGUAGAGUUAGUCAUCUUAACUGGGGGGAGGGAGGGCAAGGCUUUUUAGAAGAUAGUUGUAAAUCUGCCUUCUUCGCAAGCAACUGUGUAUAUUGUAAAUAGGUAUAACGGCCUUUUUAUCUAAAUAUGAACUUAACUGCCUGUUACAUGGGACUUCAGAUUAACCACUGUACUUUGUGUGGCAUCUUUAUCUCAUCUAUCAAUUUAAAUAUGAAUGUUAAAAAACAAACAAAAAAAAAAAAAAAAAAAAAAAAACAAAAAAAGAAAAACAGAAAACUCAAAGGCAUUAUGUGUUUUUCUGUUAAAAAUCCAGUCUGUGCAUGUUUGUUCUUUCAGUUGCCCACAGUAUCUUAAUUUAAGUGAGGCUAUUCAUAGAAUUACACAGAUUUUUUCAAAAGAAAACAUUUUUGAGAAUAGGAACUUGGAGUAUUUUAUUCUAGCUGUAAGAUAACCAGGAACUAAAUUGUACACUUGUGUUGCGUUUUAUACCAAAAUAUUUACCACCUCAGUGUUGUUCAUAUUUAAUAAGGCCUCUUUUAUACAUAUGUCAGAGCUACAGUUUUGUUAAUUACUUAAUGUUCAUUAGCAGCUGAUUCAUGCGGUGCAAGAACCAGCUUUUACCUUCUUUAGUCAAUAGCAAUUGGCUUUUGCAUAUAGGUACAGAAUUAAUUCCUUGUGCAUAAAAUUGAACUGCUGUUGUCCCAUAGCUUCUCUGCAAAAAACCUUUUUGUAACAACAGGCAUUGCUCUAAAGCAGGGUGAUCUUGGUCAUGUCAGAAAUGCUCCUUGGAGCUCUCUUUGUCUUUCAGCACACACCAUCAGCUUGAGGACAGCAGUAGAUUUCCAUUAUGGUUUUUAAGUUUCAAUAUUAAUUUAAUUGCAGUAUUUUUUUACUACUCUGUCAUUUAUUUUGCACUACAUGUGGGAUGAAGUAGAGACACUGAUAUCUGCUGGGAUUGGAGCACGUGCAUUGGGAUAGGCCCAUGGACUUAAUUUCUGCAUGAGGUCUUGCCAAUGGGUUUUUGUUUGGGCAAAGGGGUAGAGGGAGGGCAGCAGGCAGGCUGGUGGUCGGUUUGUUUUUGUUUUUUGACAUAUGUGUAUAUAUUUUGUAAAAGGGUGACAAACUGAUCUAGAGCUAGGUAUAUUCACAAUGGAUUCUUUUAAACAGAGGUAAGGAUAUGACCCAGGCCAACAGAAGACAGGUGGCUCUCGCAGUACUUGAGUGAAUGUUGUCACUCAAAGGGAUGAGAUUAUCCUUCACUUGGAAUGACUUGGGCAGGCUCUGGCCCUGGGACAGCAAAUCCUUAAAACCAGCAUUGUUGUUGGAAUUGCACCAUCAAAAAUUCCAGGCCCUCUCUAUUGGGCUGAGCUCCUUCCAGAGGGUCCCUGGCACUGUGGGGGCACCCCUGCCUUCUCUUGAUUUGAGCUUUUAGCAGUGAAUAGUUUGUUAAUUCUGACCACUUACUAUUUACCCUGGUAUCACAUGUUUAUGCACUGAAGGUUAAAUAUGUAUUUUGAUACUUGUUUGUUUAUUAUGUAUGUGCUGGUCUGUAAAAUGAGAUAUAUUCCUGUUUAGGUAUGUAUACUAGGUCCCCAAAUGAGCAGAAAGGCUUCUCUAUAGCCCUUGCACACUGUUGAGUAAAUGCAGGUUUGUUGAGCUUAGCUGACCCAAAUUUUGGAUCCAAAGAGUGAUGGUCAAGUAGCCACACUGACUACUGGCUACCUGGAAGAUUUGACCCUAAAACAGGAAGAGGUUCUGGGUAAGCAUGUGCAGAGCACUGGAAUUUCUGUGUUCAGCUGUUCUCUCUAACGUUGCCUUCACCCUUCCCAAAAUGAUGCAAAACCAGCAUAGUUCAGAAGACAGGCUAGUGGCCUUAACAUUUUCUGUUUGAAGAAAAGGCUGUUUUGACAACUCUUAAAUGCCUUUGAGUCCACAGUUUUUCUCCCCUUGCCUCCAGAUUUCCAAAUCAUCCCCAAAUUUAAGGAAGCCUUCUUCUCUGUGGACUGCAGCUUGUACAGCCACAUUGUUAAACCCUAAUAAAAGCAAGGCUAUGACAACAGCACUGAUGUGGUCCAGCACUGCAGCCAGGACAGAGUCCUGCUGUGGGGUCCUGAGGGUGGGGCUGUCGCCACAUGCGUUGUACGGGUGUUGUUCGUGCCUGCGGCACUGGCAGCGCACUAAAGAAAUCCUUAUUCCUUACAAAUUCUGCAGUGUGCAGGCUAAGCCCAGUUUACAUUUUGCAAGCAGACCACCACAGCCCUCUGACUUAGUUCUGUUCCCAAAAAAACAUGGUUUUGCUUGUUGGAGGCGGAGGGGGACAAACACACCUGCUCAUAUUCCCUUUGGCAGCUGGUGCUGUGGGCAACUGUGGUGUUCAUGUGGGAGUGGGGUUUUUUUCCAUUUCAUUCGAGCUUCUAAUGCAAAUACUUGCUUUGUUUUCCAUGUAAAAAAUCUGUUGAGCAAAAAUAUACUCAUUUACACUAACAUUAGUGGACUGUAUUCUCUGCAAGUACCUCACAUGUCUUCUCCUGCCUUGUUCUUUGUAGUAAACUUAUCCAUGUACUCCUAACAUUCGUUUGUAGUGUGCAACUGUAAUGUCAUGCUUUUGAGAGGGGUUGGCUGCCUCCAGCCAACAUUCAUCAGUUCAAUAGCAAAACACUUUAGGUAAGUUAUUUUGCACUUUCUUAUGUAUAAAAUUGGUAGAAACUUAUAUUUGCUUUGGAUCAUUUAAAGACUCCUUUUGUUUCGGUAAAUGAACUGUGUAUAAAAUACUUAUGCAGUUAAAACUGUUUUUAGAAAGUAUUUUUAAUUUCAGCAAGUUUGGUUACUUGUUGCAUGACUAUUAACACAGCUGACUUUUUGUGUCAGUGCAAUGUAUAUUUUUUUUGUUCUGUUAUUAACUUGUAAGCCCUAGGUAAAUGGCCAUUUAUUUGUACAGCAUCAGGAGUAAAUUGAAGAUAACUGGCUGAGACUGGAGUGUGGAAUUUUGUACUAUAUUGCAGAAUCCAAUAUCUGUUUUUUGGUGGUUACGUAAAAGGCCUGACGAUUUACUAUCUAGUGUGCAAUCUGUGAUAUCUGAAUGUUCAUUGUAUAUUUGUCUCCAAUGCAAAAAGGUAGAGUAACACGAUUACAACAAUACAUGAUUAAAUGCAAUAGUUCAGGUACUGAAGUAUUUUUUUUUUCAUUUCAAAUAAAUACCUGCUAUUUACCACCAAAAA